AUAACACAGAGAUGUGCACCAGCUAGCUAGCACUCACAGACGCGCCAAACUAGAAUCAGUUCACUCUAGCUAGCUACCUGUAUAUAGAGGGCGAAUACGUCCGUGGAGCGAGGCCCAUGACGACGUACAGGGUGUGCUGCUUCCUCCGGCGGUUCCGGCCGGCGUCCAACGAGCCGUCGGAGGCCAUCGGCAACGUGUUUGAGGCGUACGACGGCGCCGACGGCGGCGGCAGCGCGCUCGGGGAGGAGGCGCUCAGGAGGUUCCUCCGGGAGGUGCAGGGAGAGGCCGGCGACGACGACGUAGAGGCGGCGGCGAGGGAGGUCCUGGCCUUCGCGGCGGAGCACCGGCUGCUCAAGAAGGGCGGCGGGCUCACCGUCGAGGGCUUCCACCGGUGGCUCUGCAGCGACGCCAACGCCGCCCUCCAUCCUCGCCGAGGGAGUGUGCCGCUGUCGCACUACUUCAUCUACACGGGCCACAACUCGUACCUGACUGGGAACCAGCUGAGCAGCGGCUGCAGCGAGGCGCCCAUCGCCAAGGCCCUCCGCGACGGCGUCAGGGUCAUCGAGCUCGACCUCUGGCCCAACGCCUCCAAGGACGAAGUCGAGUGUUAGACUAUGUAUAGCUUCUGUACUUAUGUACGUAUAUUGUACGUAUUGUAACACAUUCAUUAUAUAUAAUGAGAUAAGCCAUCCCUAGAGGGUUGUGCUGGUUUCCCAAAA